AUGAAAGGGGUCUUCUCUAGCGCCAUUCUUGUUCUGGUUAUUUCCAGGUGGGCUGCCUUCGCAAUUGACUUUUCUCUUCCUAUGGGCAGAGAGACUAACCUAGAAAAGACAACGGCUGAAUGCACUAAGAAUAUAAAUAAGUGCUGGAUUUUAGCCUACCUCAGGCCAACAGACUCCAUAUGUGGCAGUGACCACAUUACCUACAGUGGGGAAUGCCACCUCUGCUACAGAAUUCUAUAUGAAAAUCUUAACAUAGUGAAACUGCAUGAUGGACCAUGUGUAAGUAAAAUCACUUUUAUUUUUCAUUUUGGGGAGUAA